AUGGUGACCGUCGCGCUUGAGACCCGGUUCAGGCAUAUGGCCAUUGUCGAUGAGAAUGCUCACGAUGGUGCGAAACUUCAACAGAAAGCUAAAACCACGACUUCGACAACACGACCGGUGAACCGUUCUCUACGACCAAAGAACUGCGAACCAAAUCCUCCUAAGACUGCGACCACCGGUCCUUCCCAGUCCGCAUCAACGAAAGUCCAACAAAGUCCCCCGAGGACAAGACAUCCACUCGCUUCUGUAGUGUCGCAAGUCUCCGAAGAUGCUUUCAAUGAAGAUGACCAACAUGCCACUACUGAUUCCAAGACACCAACUGCACGUCAAAGCUCCACACCCUCCCAACCUCCCCGACAGAAAGAAAGACAAUCAUCAACUUCACAAGCUCGCCAUCCUCUGUCCGUUCUAUCACAGGCACCGAAUGCCGCAGUCAAGCGCGAACAACACUCCACCAAGCUUACAAGACAGCCAAUGCCCAGACUAUUACACUUAGGCAUGUUCGAAAUAGGCAAAGCGCUGGGCAAAGGAAAGUUCGGACGGGUCUACCUUGCUCGGGAGCGAGACAGCGGAUUUGUUUGUGCUUUGAAGGUACUUCACAAGAAUGAAAUUCAACAAGGAAGGCAGGUGGCCCGCGAGAUUGAGAUCCAGAGUAAUCUGCGCCAUCCUAAUAUUCUUCGGCUCUACGGCCACUUUCACGAUAGCAAACGAAUAAUACUCAUAUUGGAGUUUGCGGGUAAGGGAGAGCUAUACAAGCACUUGCAAAAGGAGAACAGGUUUCCGGAGUGCAAGGCUGCGCAGUACAUUGCGCAAAUGGCGAAUGCUCUGCAAUAUCUACACCGCAAGCAUGUUAUCCAUCGGGAUAUUAAGCCGGAAAAUAUUCUUGUUGGUAUGCAUGGGGAGCUCAAAAUGUCGGAUUUCGGCUGGAGUGUCCACGCGCCAAGUGGUCGCAGGCUUACGAAAUGCGGCACACUGGACUACUUGCCUCCUGAAAUGGUUGAUCCGAAGAAGUGUGAUAAGCCGUAUAAUCAGAAGGUGGAUUUAUGGUCCCUUGGGGUUUUGUUGUAUGAGUUCCUCGUUGGGAGUGCUCCAUUUGAGGAUACGCCUGUCAUGACGCAGAGAAGGAUCAUGAAAGCGGAUAUGGUAAUCCCUUCUUUUGUGAGUCUUGAGGCAAAGGACCUUAUCAGGAAGCUUCUUGUCCUUGACGCGGAUCAAAGAAUCACCCUGGAAAAGGUCCGACAACACCCUUGGAUUAUCAAGUACUGCUCCCAACAUGCAAAGGAUGAAAAGAAAGAAGAAAUACCUGAUCAAGAAUCGUGAG